AGGAGGACCUGAGAAGAGUGAAAUAUAUGCUGGAGAGAUUCAGUGAAGAGGCCGUUAAACGCUCUAUAGUGAUCACCACUGAUGAAGAGAUGCAUGAUGCUGCGAGAGCUAAUGAAUUAAUUCAGCAGUUAAUUAUCAAAUGUGGAGGAGGACAUCUGCAGCUUGAUCAUAAAAACGAGGAAUGCUGCUCUAUAAUAUUGCAGCGAUUAGAGAAGAUCCUCGGAGAGAACAGUGAAGAGUAUCUGUAUCAUGAUGCAGAAGGAUCAUCAGUCGAUGAAGAUCAGAGCAGAUCUUUUGUUUCACUCCGAAUAGAGGAGGAAGAGGAAGAUUCGGAUGAAGAUGAUGAUGGAAAAUCCCAAGACACUCAUAUAGAGAAAAAGGAAGCCAAAGGUUUUCUUCAUAAUAUACCAAAAAUAUCCUUUUUUAGUACUCCAGAUCUGAGACAUGAGCGUGAGCAAGCAAAGAGAAGUGUACAUGCGAGCAGGAAACAGAAGCUGUGUGUUGUGUUGUGUGGAAGUGAUGAAAGACUGAAGGUCUCCAUAUCAAAACUUAUAAGAGGAAAAAAGCAGUUUCUUUCCCCCUUGCACCAGAAAGAGAAAGAGUGUGUGAGGAGAGACGUGGAGCUUCAUGCUCGUCUGAUGAGUCUGGUGAAGCUUCCAGCUCUGACUCGGCUCUCAGAGGAGGACGUGAUGCAUCAGACUCUCAACU